AUUUCGUACACGCCAUUUUGUUUAACGCUACGGUACUAAAGGUGAGGGAUUUUAGGACAAGGCAGAGCCAGGGCACUGUGUGGUAUGCACUAUAAACGCACUACCUGGCUGCGACACGACAGGCCACAUUCGAGACGAAGGAAAAGUCACAUCUUUCAGUGCAGCUGCAGGAGGAACAACAUCAUCAACUUUUGUACCGAACUACGCGCCUGUCACAGAGGUAGACCACUGUUGAUGUAGCUGUGACAAUUGAUGAUGAGUUCGAUGCUGACAUGGCUGAAACUAUUAAUAAUCACUUCACUUCCUAGGACGUUGAUUUGAAGAUUUAUGUUUGUAUAUGACCCUGUUGCAAACCGUCAUUGGAGUUUGGACACUCAUCUUUCUCGGUGUGAAUUUCACAGAAGGAGGUAAAUACGAUGGGAUAUACCUCAAUGGACCUCUUGUUCAAGUAGGCAAAAACAAGUCCAUUGAGCUGAAGAUGGUUUCAGAAGUGAUGCCGAACAAGACAUUCAGAUUGGUUUGUUCUGUCCUAAAGUAUACUAUGCCAUUCCGAUUUCUUGGCUUCGAGCACAGUUUCGUGGACUCUGUCCCGGUGAGGAAGGAGCCUGGGAAGAGAAUAUCGAAAUCGGUAAUAGAGUGGACCAUUCACCCAUACGGCUAUGAAGAUAUUGGAAGAUACGCCUGUUAUGCUAAGAAUGCCAUCACUCGUGUCGACAUUGUAUUAAGUCCACUGCUUAACAUACCACCUCAACUAGCGGACUUUGAGAACCAAUAUGAGUCGAUUGUCCUUAAUGUUGGCGAUAGGCUAUUGCUGAACAAAACCAUUCUCCCGACGUGGAAACGUAUGGCAUAUUGGAAGUGGGUCGAUCCAAGCGGACGUAUCAGAAAAAGCGAACACCUAUAUCAUUACGUAAAAUUCGUGGUCUAUGGCAAGGAGAUAUCCCUAAAUGCCCCCGAAAUUACCAUGAUGAUUGACGCAGUUACAGAGGCGGACUUCGGAGAAUACACCCUUAAGGUGUGCGACUUCGUUGGAUGCAGCAUCUUUACCACAUCAGUAUUACGAAAAGGUGCAGUUGCUGAACCUGUGCGCCAGGAUGGAGACGGAGAUUCAGGUUUUAUGAUGAUUUUAAUCAUGAUACUUGUGGCGGGUGCGAUGGUUUCUGGAGGUUAUAUCCUCUACAAGAGAAAGAAACGCGACCAGCUAGCCAGAGAAGCAAGUGAGACUCACAGAGCCAGUUACCAGCUGGAAGUCGAGAACACGGAGUAAUCAAAACGGAAAAACCCAAACUAAGAACACUGUUCACAGCAAAGUGAAAGUAAAUGAAUGAGUGAAAAUAUUAACACUUAUAGUCCGUCCCACGGGGAACGCCGUCUUUCAUGCUAUGGAAUUUACUACAAGUUAUUUAUUUUCGAGCCGAGUGUCUUCUAAACUGGACACAAAAAUAUAAAAAAAAAAAAAAAAAAAAAAAAAAAAAAGAAGUUAUUUCCAAACCACUUUCACUAUUCUUCUAACACAAAAUCAAACUGAAAUUAUUUACACAAAAACCCCCAUAUUUGAAGAAUGAUGGGAUGGACUAUAGUUUUAGAACAAUUCUGCCCUGUUGAAGCAAAAUGUAGUGAAAAUCGGGUAUGAAAUAAGUUAAUGUAUAAAUUGUGGUAGUUUGAAGAUAAGAAAAUAAUAUAGAUAGAUUAAAGAGAAAUAUCUUCCUGUCUCACAAUUCACUACGUAACAGCUUAGCAGCACAGGCAUAUAUAUAUAUAUAUAUAUAUAUAUAUAUAUAUAUAUAUAUAUAUACAUACAUACAUAUAUAUACAUACAUACAUAUAUAUAUAUAUAUAUAUAUAUAUAUA